AAACGAUGAGCUCAACACAGAAGGACCAACAUGGAGCGAGAAGUCAGCGCUCUCAGGAGGCCGACAAACCUCACAGAAGAAAGAGAGAGAAAACAUACACCUGUGACGAGUGUGGGAAGGAUUUUACUGGGAAGGCUAAACUAAAACAGCAUCAGGUCAUCCACACUGGAGAGAGACCGUUCAGCUGUGACUUGUGUGGAAAGUCUUUUUCCUGGAAGCGUUCCCUAAAAACACACAAACUCAUCCACAGUGGAGUUAAAGCGUACAGCUGUGAUCAGUGUGGCAGAGCUUUUACUCAAAGAGGCCAAUUACAGAAUCAUCUAGUUACCCACUCUGGAAUUAAAGCAUACAGCUGUGACAUUUGUGGAAAAGCUUUCAGUCAAAUAAGGCACCGAACUACACACCUACGCAUUCACACCAAACAUGAUGUGUACUGCUGUGAACAGUGUGGCAAAGAGUUUACAACAAGCACGCAGUUACAACACCACAUGUUUACCCACACUGAGGAGAGACCUUAUAAAUGUGACCUGUGUGAGAAGACUUUUAAAGCUCCACGUUACCUGAGGCAACACCAACAGAUCCACACCAGAAAGAGACUCUCCAAGUGCAGUUACUGUGAGAAGCAGAGUGACACAGAAGGAUCCAGUUCUCAACCCUGUCGUCACUGUGGAAAAGAGUUUUGUUGUGACCUCUGUGGAAAGACUUUCAGUUGGCAAGGCAACCUAAAAAUACAUCAACGUAGACACACUGGAGAGAAACUGAAAUACUGCAAAGAAUGUGGGAGAAGCUUCACCACAUCAGGUGACUUAAAACGACAUGAACUGAUUCACAGUGGGGUUAAAAAUCACCUCUGUGAUCAGUGUGGGUCAUCCUUCACCACUGCAGUCAACCUUAAAACACACAAACGAGUCCACACAGGAGAGAAACCAUACAAGUGCAGACACUGUGACAAAAGCUUCUCACAUUCAGGUAGUCGUAACGAUCAUGAACGUACACACAUGGAAGGAAACUACAGCUGUGACCAGUGUGACAAGAGCUUCAGGAAUCUCAGUUCAUACUCCGUACACAAACGAUCCCACGUUACUAAUAAACUGUUUCACUGUUACCAAUCAUCUGUGGACAUCACAAAAGUUGAGCAGGAAAUCAUUUACAUUGUGUCUGUGUCCAUCAACGGAGAGUUUACCUCUGACUCUCUUGGACUGAUUGAACUGGGUGCUGACCGCACUGCACAGGGAUGGACUUGUGAGACUUCUUGA